CUGAUCUGUCACUCAGCCUCUCAUCUCUCUCUCUCUCCCUCUCCUAUCUCUUCGCUCUUUCUGGCCUCUGCAGCUCGUCUCAAGUCUCAUUCGUCUCUCUUUCUCUGCGGCUAUUCGAUUUCGACAGUCUUCAACUGAACUUUCGUUCGUCCCUUGCUCCAAGCAAGCAUCUCGAUCAUCUCUGUCUCUGAUUGCUGGCUUGAAUCGAAGUAGGGGUGAGGGAUUCGCCUCCGUUCACUUGAUACUUUUGAUAGAGUUAGCAAAGAAGUCUUAGUAGAGUGAGAGAGAUGGCAACAGAGGACUCAUGGAAGAAGCUGAAGAGAGCAACUGUUGAUAGAUUAUCGAAACCACUUGGAUUGAAGAGAGAGAAGGACAAGAACAAGGAGGAAAAAAAUAAGAUGAGAAAUUCAAAUCUUGUUGGAAGCGAGGAAAGUUUGAAUAGUUUUAAGGAAAGAAAGAAAAAAAACAAAUCUUCACGGCAGAAAAGAAGCAGGAAUGAAGGUGACAAAGUUGAUAGUGAAGAAGUUCACCACUUCCAUAUGAAAGAUGAAUCAGAUGAAGUUGACAGAGGAAAGAGAAAGAGCAAAGUGUUGGGGAAUAAGAAAAGGAAAAAUGAGAUCAUUAAGGAAACAAUGCCUGUAGAAGUUGAUAAACUCCAUAAUGAAUGGGAAAGUGGCUUUGAUGAACACAAUGUUGCUAAUGAAGUGGAAGAAAAGAAAAGGAGCAUAUCAAGGAAAAAGAAAAGAAAACAUCAGAAAUUAGAGAAAGCUGAGGUUGACAAAGUGGAUGAGCUUUGUAAUGAUGUUAAAGACACCGCCAACUCAAAAAAUGGUAAGUCAAAAAAAGCUCAUAAAAUGAAAAAGAAGGAUCAGUUAUCAUCAAGGAAAGAUGUCAAGUUACUGGAAAGAAGAGGAGACGCUGAAGAAGAUGAGGUCUAUCAAAUAUUUGCCGGGGAUGACGACUGCUCUAAAGGAAUGAAAAGUAUGAAUUCUUACUAUCAGAUACACUUGGUUUUGCCUGUCGUGGUUAUAUCUUUCUAAAUGUUUACAUCUUGCUGUCAUGAUGUAGCCACACAUAGGGAUCCAAAAAAAAAAUCGUAGCCACGCACAAUCUUUCAGGGAAAUAAAAAAGACUAGCCAGACAUAGGUGAUAACUGGUAAGUAUAACCUCAGCUGUAAUCCAUCCUCAAAAGACCUGGUUCUAGCCUCUACUUACUUGGGGUCGGUUUCAUUUAUAAAUCCU